AUGGGUUUUGGAAUCCGUAAGGAAACUGUUGAUAAGUCAAGAAAGACAAGAGAAAUUAUUUCUCAAGUUUUUGUUUGUAACAAGGCAGGGAGAAAAAGGUUAUCAUAUAAGAGAGAGUGUGGGAAACUUGUCAAUCGCCGUCCAGAUACUAGAGUGGAUUGUCCCGCAAGAAUGAAGAUUAAGUUGACUUCCUCUAAGACAUGGAUUGUCACGAAGUUUGAGGCAGAGCACCCAACCCAUUUAUUAUCGAGCCCUGAUAAAGUGUUUAAUCAUUAUUCCCACAGGCAAAGCCAUCUCUCGAAGACUUGCAAGAGAAUUAUUGAAAAUUUGAGUGAAGAAGGAAUGGCUCCUUCUACUAUUGCUCGAGUGUAUAAUGUUGUGUCUAAGAGUAUUGAUGAAGAAUAUAUUACUGCACAACAAUGUAUUGAUCACAUCAGAACUAUUAGGAAGAACAACAUUGGCAAUGAAUGCAUAUCCAUCAUAAAGAAUUUUUAA